UAUAUAAAAAGCAAAAAAAUCAUGUCAAUUUUCUUAGGUGUCAUACCAUAUUGAGAGAUUCCCUUAGCUUUUAUAUAUAGAUUUUGAGAGAAUUAUAUUGAAUCAAAAAUAGAAGAAAAUUUGACUGGCCCGUGGUAACGUAACGUGCAGAAACUUGGAUUAUAUAUUAAGUCCACAAGAAGAACACAAAGAUCACGAGAAACACUUGAAGAAUCCAAGUUACAAAAUAUGGUCAUGAUACUUCUCUUGUGCUUGAUAUUUUUCAUUACCAUUCUCUUCUUCAUAAAACAGAGGGCAUGGAAGAAAAGCAACACAAUCCCAUCGCCACCGGGACUUCCGUUGAUCGGAAACAUGCACCAGCUUGGCCAAUAUCCCCACCAAUCACUACGCUCCCUCAGCCAGCAUUACGGACCUUUCAUGCUCCUUCACUUUGGCACUGUCCCCGUUCUUGUAGCCUCUUCUGCGGACGCUGCUAGAGACAUUUUGAAGACGCACGACCGCGUCUUUGCGAGUCGUCCACAUUCCAAAAUCUACGACAAGCUUCUUUACGGGAGCCGUAAUUUGGCCUCAGCCCCGUACGGAGAGUAUUGGAGACAAAUGAAGAGCCUGAGUGUCCUCCAUCUUCUCAGCAACAAAAUGGUACGAACCUUUCGAGACGUGAGACAAGAAGAGAUCAGUCUGAUGAUGGAAACGAUCCGGAAACAGGGUUCUUCCCCUAUGAAUCUAAGCAAGAUCAUGAUGACUUGUACUAGCGAUGUUAUAUGUAGAGUUGCUUUGGGAAGGAAAUACGGUGCUGAAACAGAUUUAAAAGAGUUGACGGACAGGCUCGUGCGGCAAUUGGGUACCUUUACUUUCGGGAGUUUUGUACCGUGUCUUUCAUGGAUUGAUUGGAUUUGCGGUUUGGAGCGUCAGCUGGAGAAGACGGCAAACGAUUUUGAUGAGAUAUUGGAGAAAGUCGUUCAGGAUCAUGAAGAUGGAGACGGUGGUAAGGCUGAUUUCGCAGAUGUUUUACUCGCCCUUCAGAGAGACAAGAGUGUGGGGUUUGAGGUCAGCCGAAUGAGCAUAAAGGCAAUCAUCUUGGAUGCUUUUGUGGGUGGUACAGACACAUCCUCCACGCUUUUGGAAUGGGAAAUGUCAGAGCUUUUAAGUCACCCAGAGUGUCUGAAAAGACUUCAAGAAGAAGUCCGUACCGUUAGUAAAGGAAAAUCAAGCGUAUCAGAAGACGACAUCCAAGACAUGUACUACUUAAAAGCUGUGAUCAAAGAGACACUCAGGCUACAUCCUCCAUUUCCAUUGACGGUUCCUCAUGUAUCAACAGAAGAUGUCAACCUAAGAGGUUACCACAUACCAGCCGGCACACAGGUUAUGAUCAAUCUUUAUGCGGUCGGGAGAGAGGUUGCAACAUGGGGACCAGAUGCGGAUGACUUUAAACCGGAGAGGCAUUUAAAUUCGCCUGUUGAUUUCUUAGGUCAGGAUUUUGAGCUGAUUCCAUUUGGAGCAGGGAGAAGAAUGUGCCCAGGGAUAUCGUUUGCUGCGGUGUUGAAUGAGGUGGCUUUGGCUAACUUAAUGCUUGGAAUUGAUUGGCAGUCCACAGAAGAUCAGACAGAGAAUCAUGUUCCUGAAUCAAUCGGUGUUGUGAUUCGCCGCAUGUUCCCUCUUAUCGUCACUGCGUCUCCUGCUUUUUGAUUAAGGCAUUAUAUAUGAUAAAUGCCUACUAUUAUGUUAUGUUUACAAAUAGAAAUUGUUCUCUCAUAUGAACGUUGCACUUCUAAAGAGAUGUUUAAGAUUUAAGGUUUUGAGUUUUUAUAACUAAUUAAGAACGCCAA